AUGGCUGCGCUGCGGAGGCUCCUGUGGCCGCCGCCUCGGUUCCCGCCUCAGCUCUCUCCGCACCAGCCCGUUCCUGGGCUUUGGGGGCGGCCUGCAGGGAUAACCCCGACCCCUACUGGCCGGCCCUUCUCCUGCCGGGAGGAGGAAGAGGGGGCUGUGACUGAGGCAGGUUGGAGGCGGCGGCGGCGCUGGGGGGAACUGAGCAUCGCGGCUGCGGCCGGAGGGGGUCUGGUUGGCCUCGUGUGCUACCAGCUGUAUGGAGACCCCAGAGCCGAAUCCGUGGCAGCGCCGGGGCGCCUCUCUGAGAGCUCGGAAGGAGAGCCAGAGAACCUGCCCCACAGCCGAGGGCUGCUCCCCAUCCCGGUCGCGGCUGCCAAGGAGACGGUUGCUGUGGGCAGAACAGACAUGGAAGACCUAGACCUCUAUGCAACAUCACGGGAGAGGCGAUUUCGUUUAUUUGCUUCUAUAGAAUGUGAUGGGCAGCUGUUCAUGACUCCAUAUGAUUUUAUUUUGGCUGUUACAACAGAUGAGCCAAAAUAUGCUAAAACAUGGAAAUCAUUUUCCAAACAGCUUCAAGAGAUAUUCAGGAAAAAAAAUGAGAAGAGAGAAACUAAAGGAGAUGAAGAAAAACGUGCACUGCUGCGUCUUCAACUUUAUGGAUACCAUUCUUCUACUAAUAGU